AUGGCCUCCGCGAGAAAGAGCGCGCCGUUGGUCGUUUAUAGAUGGUUACGCAUUGCUGGCAUGUCCAGUUGGGGGAGCCGCAUAAGUGAUGUCGCCAAUUUCCGCGGCGUGUGUACUACUUCCCCCCGCGAAAACGCAAUAGGUGGAAAAACAGAACGCGCAACUUCACUCAAUUCAACUGAUGCGGAGACCACUGAGGCAGAGUCUCCCCUCCGGAGAAGAACACCCAAGCUGAAGAAGCAGGUGGUGCUUGAACGUGCCAACAAGGUAAUACUGUCCAAACUGAACCUACAAAUUGAAGAACUCAAUUGUGACCAACUGAUGAGGUACAAAAAUGUAAAAAAUGUGAUGACGCUGAGAGAGAAGAAAGAAGUCUUGUCAUAUUUAAAUAGCUACCUACUUCGUAACAACAAGGCGAAGUACUACAUUUUAAGUGCCCUCAUGUUUCGCAUAGUGUCCAGGAUGAGUAGCUAUCAAGUGAAGGAACUGAUAUAUGUCCUACACGCCUACAAGGAGAAUAACUUUUUGAGCCCCUUCCUAAUGGUACACAUUAUGACCAAGUUGAGUAGCGAGGAAAUGGCGCAAAAAAUGACUCUAAAUGAAUUCCUCCUCCUGGUGGACACCUUAACCGUACCGCUAAUAAUGACAAACGGCUUCGCGCAAAUGGUUAGGCGGUUUAUAUGCAGACAUGAGGAGAUGUUUAACUGUAGUGACUACUUCACGGUUGGAUAUUUCCUGGCCAGGAACAAUUUACACAACGAAUCUGUUUUGAAUUUCAUCGCCCAGUUUUACAGAAAUUUGGCAACUGCAGAGAAGCUGCAACAGGGGGAGAGUAAUAACUUUGCGCAUUACGAAGGUGCAUUCUACGGAGGGGAAGCCAAAAGGGGAGUAACCACAGUGGGUACCGUUCUACCAAAUGGGAAGCUAACCCAUUUAGGAAAAGACAUCCAUAGGCACUUUUUCAUUUUAUCAAAAUAUGGUUACACCGAUGUAGAUCUAUGUAGCAACUUGUUCAGAGUGGCCAUCGCUCAGUGUGGAUCUUUGCGACCGCUGGAAAUAAGCUCCAUUUUGAAGUCGUUGCAAAAUAUGAACUACUACAACAGUUGCUUAUUUGAAGUGUUGGUGGGAAAUAUUAGGAAGAAUUUAAGUCAGUACAAAACGAGCACUCUGAUGGACUGCCUAAAUAGCCUGUCUUACUUUAACCAUGUGGAUGAUAGGCUGCUCACCAAAAUGUUAGUCACCCUGCCGAGGAGGAUCUUGACCUAUACUGCCAACGAUUUUACGAAGCUGAUAUUUUUUAUGAACAAUUUUACCGCCUUCUCCAGUUAUUUUAUUCUCUUUGUGAAUAAGCACAUAUUGCUCUUUGCGUCAAGUCUUAGUAUGCUCCAUUUGGUAACCCUUUUGAAAAUCUUCGCCCACCAGAAUUUGAUAAGCCAGCCAAUUCUUCACUUGUUAAAUGUGAAGUUGGAGAAAUUCAUUUCGUCUCACUCGUCGAGCAGCUGUUCCGAGGGCACCCUUAUAGGCGAACCUCGUGUGCAGGAUACGAAGCGGGUAACUUUAAAGAGCCUGUUUGAAAUUAUCCGCAUAGCGAACUUCAUGUCAGUGAGGUACCCCCAAUUGGCUCAUAACUGUUUGGAAAGCAUGUUCGUCCUUCAGAGUGGGUACAAAAAUGUGCCCCCAGAAGAAUUGAAGUGUAUGGCCUACUGUUGCUGCUACUUUGUGCUGGUUAAUGACCACUAUGGGGAUGAUUCGGCCGUCAGGCUGCACAAGCGGAUAAGCGAUAUUUUUUCCCUCCUGGAUGCAUCCUUGGUGGGGGGAACCCAAAGUGGAGAGUCGAACUGGUACGACGAGAGGGGGGGUACUCUCACUAAGGGGCACACCCACUCGAAAGAGAGUCUCAAUUUAUCACCCCGCGGGGAGGGGACCAAUGGGUCGAUGGAAGAAAGGGUCACAACCGCGUACUGUAAACCAGAUGGCAUAAGAGACAACGUGAAUGGAGUGAAAAACCAAAUUGGUGUGCACCUCUACGUGAUGAUCAUGCGGACGUUCCUCACCGAGUUUAUGUAUCACCGCUCAAAAGAUCAAGUGGAAAAUUUUUACAACUUGUGGGGGGAACACAUGGAGCGCCUUUUUUUCUGCAAAAUUGACGCGGUAAGGGAGUACCACCAUAACGACGGUGUGGACACACUUAAGAAGCUCUUUCCCCUUAUGUAUUACCCACAUGUUGAUGAAGCGCUAUGGAAGCGUGUCCAAAUGAAUAAACAUUUUCUGUCCACCUAUUUCGUGGGUCCCGCUCGGGAGGAGAAAAACCAACUUAGCCAGAGUGAACACCUCAGGAGAGAAUUUUCGUAUCACCAAAAAUCUCUCAACGAAAUGUGCCAAGUUUUGAAAGACCUACCGCAGACGGAUUACAAAUUUAAGCUUGUUAAAAAGAUCAACUGUAAUUCUGUUUUUCUUUACAUUCACUACAUAUUUGCGAAACGCGUUCAGAGCAAAGGUAAGGUAGCCAUCCUAUUUGGAACGCAGAAUUAUUACUACACUACCGUGGGUGAACUGUACACUGGUUUGAACCCCCCUUGGGGGACCAACCUGCUUGAAGAGAAGCGCCUGACCAAGGAGGCCAUAGCCCAGCUGCACUACUUCAAGCUCUUUUUUGACAAGGUGUAUUUGGUGCCCUCCCACUUAUGGGAAAAUAUUGACCGGGGGGAGAAAAGGCGCUUUUUCGUUACCUUGCUGGAUUUGUAA